CAGCAGCUGUGGCAGAUCUGAGAGCUGAACCCGGCACCAGCAGCUUCCAUUCCAGCCUGGAUAACUGGCGCAUCCUUCCUCCCCAUGGCUUCCAUGUCCUUCCAGCCUGUACCCAGCUGCCAUGUGGCAGUUGAACAACCCCAGCAUCCUGAGGCACCCAAUGGAGUGGAGCACAGUAUGCCCACCAUCUUGUGGCCCGUGCAUCCACCCAGCCCAUCAGUGUCUGCCUUGCAGUUGCGGGACCAAGACAGUGGCCUUAAGCAGCAGAUGGAAUUAAAUCCAUCAUGUCCAUCAUCCCCUGGGCCCUAGAAGCCCCCCAGUGUGUACCCAGAUGCCCUGCAGCAACAGAACCAGCUCCAUACCCUCAAGCACUCUGAAGAAAGGGAGAUACCUUCAAAGCUCAUCUAGUCCAACACAUGGCAAUGAGCAGGGACAUCUUCAAAAGCAUCUCUUGGCUCAGAGCCCCCACCAGCCUGAGCAUGAAGAAUAAAUGGAAAAUGUAAGGCUUUAUCUUUCCUGUAAAACCAAAGUGACUCGUGCUCCCUGGGGUCCCCCAAGGCGCCAGACCGGGCUCCAGCCUGGAAGCUGCUGACGGGAGGGGACCUUGUGCUUGGCUGCAGACUGAAAUCCCUCACUCUUGGGGCAACGAGCUGCCGCUGACAGCACCCGAGGAGGUCAGCAGCCCCGUGGCUGUGGUCUCCUGCAGUUCUGGGCACUGCGAGCUCCUCCUGCCCCUGUGCCAGAGCCCGCAGAACAGGGCAGAGCCGUGGGCCCAGCCCCGGGCGGGACGGUGUCUCAGCCCUUGCACGGAGCUGCCCCACGGGACGUGCUCCCCUCCCGGGAGGCAGCUCCCCGGCUCUGCGAUGUGGGACGGGAUUUGGCUGGCCUCAGUAACAUUCCCAGCACUUAUCAAUCGGUAAAAGGAGAUGUGCUGGAACUUGUUGGUCACAGGCCAUGGGAAGGGUAGAGGUGAGAACCUUAAUUAGAAGGAGUGGAAAGUGCUGAUUCUAUGUUUAGACAAGGUUCACAAGUUAAUAAGGUUGUCCUGUAAGAAGGGGACUCUUGGUUUUGCUCUUGUUUUUGCACAGGGACGAUUGCUUGGGUCAGGGUAGCAGCUGUUUAAGAAAAUGUCUCAGACCAAUCAGUAUGUAACACGGCAACAGAAACACCAAUCAGCUCGCAGCACGUUGCUGAGGAAAAGUAUAAAUGUAUGUGAAGCACACUAAUAAAGCGGACAUUUUGUUUGCAUCAAACUGCGCCCCGUCUCUCAAUGGCGGCUCUGCUCCAGCACCUGCCACCAGCGCCAUUAGCCGUCCCCACGCGGCCUCGGCCCGGCCAGGAGGUCACAGUGAUUGUGAGGUCACAGAGCCCGCGGUGCCGCACCGGCCAUAAGAAGCGGCUGCACAGUCCCCGGCCCCCAGUGCAGCAGCAGCAGCAGCAGCAGCAGCAGCAGCAGCAGCAGCAGCAGCAGCAGCAGCAGCAGCAGCACAAGGACGAUUCGAGCGCACGGGACCAUGUUCCCCGCCCGCCGCCUCCUCUUCCUCCUCCUCCUGCUGGCCCUGCACGCCGGGCCUGCCCAGGCUGCUCCGUGGCGAGCACGGGGAGGAGAUGAGGCUGUUGGCAACGAUUAUCCAGCUUCUUGGCUGGAUGCAGUUUCGGAGCCCUUGAGGUAUCCUGGAGCCCAGCCUGUGGGUGAAGCUGAUCCAGGUUCCCGUCUGGGUUCCAGGACCGAGCUCCCAGGACAUGCCGUGGAUGAUCACGCAGGAAGGACUUUUCAGGCUCCUCGGCAGCGUGCUGGGCUCCAGCCCGGCUGGCGUCACGGGGGUCUUCCAAGACCAAGAAAUGAAGCUGAACGAGGUAAAAAGGCCCCAGAGCCAUCAAAACUCAUGAGGCAACUCCUGGACGAACUGCACAGAGCACACGAGAUGAACCGCGAGGCUGUGUGGAAGGAGGCGUUUCCAGAAGGAAGCCGCAGCUCCCUGCCAGGCUCUGGUGAAGCAGCAGAGGCGAUGCCAGCCGCUGGUAUGCCAGGGCUGCCAAGGCCCGGAGCUUACCAGCACAGCCGCGUAAAUGAAUCCCAUACGACGAACUCAGGUACUGAACGUCUUGGUGGGGUCCAUGAACAGGAGACACGUCCCAAAACCCGGGAGCGGCUGCAAGCGUUGCCCACGCAGGAGAAGAGGCAGACGGGGAGAACAAGGCUCAUGUCCCUCUUGAGAGGGCCUGACUCCGUCCCCUGCGGCUGUGGGAGCUGGACCGGGGGGCAGAGCUGGGGCUGGCACUUUUGUCCGUGUCCCUCAAAGGAGCGACUGGUCAAGCAGCUGCGCUCCCCCCGUGCUGUCCUGCUGGCCUUCUGGGUUUUGUUUGGUGGGACAACCUGUCCCAAAGGGUGGGAGUCCUGUCCCAGAGGGUGGGAUGGUGCCUCCAGGCAGCAGCACCCUGGGAAACCAGGAACUCACUGGCCAUAUUGAAGGUGCUGCAAGCUUAGCAGUGGUGCACAGGAUGGACUAACAUCUUGAAUUUCUCCUCCAGAUGUGGUUAACAAGGCAACCACAGGUGCUCCCAGUCCCCAGGGGAACACAAGUUUUUUCUGCCACGAAGUUAUGGGAAAGCACUGUGUCAUAUUCACAGUAGCAACCAUGAUUUCCAUACCACUGGCAAUAGUGUUCUUCUGUGUCGCAAUCUGGCAGUGGAGGACGGCUAAAAAGCUCCGCAGUGCAGAGGCAGCAGCCAGGCGGUCUGGAAUAUGGCAGCCGCCCCUCACUCCAGAAAAGAAGACCGGGCGCUGUGGCACUUCCGAGAGCACAUCACCGGCUGCCAAGCCGCAGUGGGAGCACAAUUACAUCAUCAGGCAACUUAUGGGCUUCAAGUCAGCUCGUCCGCAGUCCUCACCAGCCCUGCGUCCUUCCGGCCCAUCACCGGCUCUGCAGGGACAGGACCAGGAUGGUGCUCUGCAGCAUCAGACUGGCGUCAAGGAAGCACGUCCAGCCUCAUCGCCACUCCAACGUUCCUGGAACCCAUUCUCUGCUGACCUGAAGCUAAUGAAGCCAUGGAAAAAGCCCAAUGUCAUCCAGCUCCCAUAGUGCUGCUGACAAGUGCCUCCACUAUCCCCACAGUUUCCCAAAUAAAGGGGACUGAUCUGUU